AUGUUCCGAAGUGUUGCCAGCCGAGGAGAUGCCUACAAUCUUUUCUGGAUCUGGUAUUGGCAACUUUCCUUGGCAACUGGUGGAACCUGUGUGGUAUGGCCAUGUUGGCAGAAUGUCGACUUGGAGCCCCUGAUGAAAUAUUUCGAGAAACAUCGGGUGGCACGGUGCAACUGCCUCACACCGGGCCAGAUAUCGACGCUAAUGGCACUCGGAGUUGAGCUGCCUAGCAGCCUGAAGGUCAUGAUCUCGGCAGGCGAGGGACUGCCCAUGGCAACUGCUCGCCAGUGGUGCGAAAGGUGGCCGCAUGUCGAGCUGCUGUCAAACUAUGCCUGCACGGAAACAGCGUCGGACAUCGCGAUGCUAAAGAUCACGGAACGGAUCUUGCGAAUCGACAUGCUCUAUGCGCCGUUAACUGACGACCGCUUGUCCUGGAACAACAAGUUCCUCAUCCAAGAUGAGGAGCUGGUCAUCCAGGGCUGGAGCAUUGCCUCCGGAUACCUGCCUCCUGCAAAGUCUGGUGCCUUCUCCUCGUCCUCGGAUGGGAUUUCGAAUGUGUACCACACAGGAGACCGCGUGCAGAUGAGAGACGGAUAUCUCUUCAUUAUGGGGCGUGUGGACAAGGUUGUGAAGGUGCGCGGCUUCCGGGUAGAUCUGGAUGGGCUGGAAGCAAGCCUGGCAAAAUGCCCCCAUGUCACUGAUUCAGCUGUUGCAAAGCACAACGACAACUUGUACUGCCUCAUCGUGACGCCGGACUUGCCUUCGGUGCAGGCGUUCGCCCAGGAGAACUAUGCCCAUUCGUCUCUCAUUGUUUGGCUGCAUGUGGAUUCGAUACCCCUGACAAAGUCUGGAAAGAAAGACCGUGCUGCUAUCCGGAAGCGGCUGGAACAGCAGACUCUGAGUGAGCAGAGCACCGAGCAGACUGAGCAGGCCGGCAUGACGCUGGAGGAAGAACGCGUUGCUGAAGCCGUCAAAGAGGUGUUGGGUCGCUCCAUUGACCGGAACACGAGCUUUACACAGGCUGGUGGCCACUCGCUGGCCGCCAUGAGGAUUGCGAAAAUCCUCGAGAUUUCAGCUCAAAUGCUCUUCGCCUUCCCAACGAUUGCCUUGCUUGCCAAAGCGCUUGCGGAAAAGGCCCGGGACAGGCCGGCGCUCAGGCCGCUGGCCAGUAUGAAGACUUCUUCGAACAGUGGCCCACUGGCUGUCACCAGCAUGGCCUGUCGGGUACCUGGGGCCGAAAACCCUGCAGAGUUUUGGGCGAAGCUCCAGGAGGGAGCGCUGAUGACGACCAAGCUCCCUGCCAAGAUUUGGCAGAUACCACGGAAAGGUGUUGUGCCAGAUCAUGGCUUCGACUGUCAGUUCUGGAAUACCACGCCCGCUGCCGCAGCUCUGCUGGACACGUCGCAGCGGGCAAUGCUUGAGGUGGCCUACGAAGCCCUACAAGCCCUGGGGACUCCCGUGAUCUCUGGUGGUCGCUUGCAAGGCCUCGAGCUGAGCAGCAAGGAAGUCGGGGUGGCCGUGUGUGGAGGUUCACUGAACCAUUGGACCGAACAGCUGGGAAUCAACCUCGAGCAAUCCCGGACACAGCGGCCCGACGAGUACUUCAACCUCGAGGUCGGCACAGACAAGGAUUAUCUUGCCACCAGCAUCGCGUACCGCUUUGACAUCGCUGGUCCCGCAGAGGUGGUGCAAACAGCUUGCAGCUCAGCUCUGGUUGCGAUCCGAAGAGGGGUGCAAAUGAUCAGGGCUGGAGAUUGCGAGAGUGUUGUUUCCGGCGGAGCUUCGUUCUCGCCAGACGGCCCCAUCAAAUACGUGGAUGGCCUCAUUUGGGCCCGGGACGGAGUUUGCCGGCCGUAUGCUGAGGGGGCUAACGGCACCACCAAUGCAGACGGCGCGGGAGUGGUCAUCCUAUCACUUUUGGAUGCAGCGAGGGCGGCAGAACAUCCGAUCUUCGCGAACGUUUUAGGAGCUGCGGUAAAUAACGACGGCUCUCGCAAGGCUCACUUCUCUGCGCCCAGCUACCAGGGUCAGGUGGAGUGCGUCUCCAGGGCGUGUGCCGAUGCCGCCCUGCAACAAGGCUCGCAGCUUGACUACGUGGAAGGGCAUGGAACAGGAACGAAGAUCGGAGACCCCCUGGAAAUUCAUGCGUUGACGCAGGUGCUGGAGCAGGAGCCUCGCGUAUUCCUGGGCUCGGUCAAGGGCAACGUUGGGCACCUGAACACGGCCGCAGGAGUCCCGGGCUUCAUCAAGGCCGUGGUGGUGCUUAACCGGCAGAUGCUGGUUCCCAGCCUCUUCGCAGAGACUCCGACCAAGGAGGUGGAUUGGGGCAGGACCCCUCUUUCACUGGCAUCCGAAGCUAUGAAGUUCAAUUGCCGACUGACGGGAGUGAGCUCUUUUGGCGUAGGCGGCACCAACGCACACGUGGUCCUGGGGCACGGUGGCGAGACGCGGCAGCUGCCAUCUGCGAUGGAAUGGUCGCGGACUCCUGUCCGAGAGCUCCUGGCGGCUGCGCCGGCCUCCGCACCGGCCGUGCCGGCAGCAGCCAUGGCCACAGCCCCACGAGAGAGGACGCUGGAGGAGUGGUUCUACGAAGAGAGCCGGGAGAUCGUUCGGCUUAGCCCUACACGACUGACUACGGCUGCGGUGCUUCUGGACGGAGAAAGCAUGCCUGAGGGCCUGCCUGGUUGCCUAAUCCCGACGACAUGGAGCCGGGCGAUGAAAGCAGCAACGGCUGCAGGCAGGGCCUUUAUCUUCGUCGGCUCCAGCACAGAAGAACCUGGCGUCGAGGACACCACCCAGGAGGACCUUCUCCUUCAUUGCAUGGCCUUCCUGAAACGGUUGGCCCGUGGUGCACAUGGGCUCCAGAUCUUCUUCGUCCUGCAGGAUGCAGUCAGGUAUGCCGGACUCCUCGGUUUGCUACGCUCGGCGUCCAAGGAGCACCCGGAACUCAAGCUCCGGAUCCUGCGCCGGGAGCGAACAGCAAAGGUUCUGUUGCCAGCAGUUGCAGGCGAAUUCAUCUGCACCGACGCAGGCACCUUUGCCCCGCGACUGCAGCGCUGUACGGCACCCUUGGCCUCAGACGAUGCACCAAGGGCCCGGUGCACUCUGGUCACUGGCGGUUUGAGGGGUCUCGGCCUGGCCGUGGCCCAGCGCCUGGCAGCCACGAAGAGGACCGAAUCCUUGAUUCUUGUUGGGCGCCGUGCUCCCCAAGGUAGUGCCGCGGAUCGAGUUCGGGAGCUUGCAGGCCUUCUGCCGGUGGAGGUCAUUUGCUGUGACGUAGCAAGCUGGGAGGAGGUCUCCAAGCUACCCAGUCAGUGCGACUUGGUGAUCCACUGUGCCGGCGCUGUCAAGGACGGCGUUAUCAUCAAUUUGACGGAUGCAGAUGCUCUGAAGGUUCUCCGCCCCAAGAUCCGUGGGGCAAUCCACUUGAGGAGCAAGUAUCCGCACGCGAAGAAGAUCGCUUUCUCAUCUUCAUCGGGCCUCUUUGGUGUUCCGGGCCAGUCCACAUACGCUGCCGGCAACACGUUUGUGGAUGCGGUCAUGCCCUCCAUUCAGUGGGGAGGUUGGGGCGAGACUGGCAUGGUGGAAGACCACGGAAUCAAGCCUCUUCCCGGCGAGCGCUUUUUCACCGUCGAGCGUGGUCUGGACUGCCUCUUCCGAGUGCUGGACUCGCCUGCUAGUGAAGCUCGGAAAGCGCCCUACGCUGUGAUGGACGUGGAUUGGCCCUUGUACCGCCAGCAGAACCUCUUUGCCGCAGAGGAUCCUAUGUUGGCCACCAUCGAGGAUGACAAGCCGAGCACAUCCAAUUCCGAGGCAAUAUUUUUGGGUCCUCCCGGCGCACGACAUCUUGGUUGCCUGCCAGAGUGGGAGCUUUGCCAGCAGCAUGUGGUGAGUGGUGCAGCAGUUCUACCCGGCUCGGCCUUCGUCGCACUGGCGCUUCUCCAUGCCUCCAAGAUCCUCAAGCGACAAACCGUGCAGCUGCAGGACGUGGAGUUCGUCCGGCCAUUGGAGCUAGCAUCACCACGACAGCUGUCUGUGGUGGUCACAGAAGGGCAGCUCCGUUUCUUCAGCCGCGCUCUGGGCGGAGAGGAUCAGCCGGAGACGUUGCACUGCCAGUGCCGCUUUCUUUCUGCGGCCCUGGAAGCUUUCCAGAAUCGCCUGCCAGAGGCGAGCAAGACCGAGCCCGUUGACGACAUCUAUGGCAAAUUUGCGGCCGCUGGCUUCUUCUACGGCCCAGAUUUUCAAGGGAGUUGCUUCACGGUGUCGGGCAAGGAUGCAUUCAACAAGCUCAGUGGGGCUUCGCGUGGCUUUGCGCUGGACCCGGGUGACCUGGAUGUUGCUCUGCAGCUCGCUUCGCUGCUGCAUCCUUUGGGCUUUCGAGGUGCACCGCAGGCCAUCGACCGUGUCGUGGCCAAGGUGGGCUCCAAGCUAACAUCCUCCAGGGCUCACUGGGGAGGAUCCCACGACAUUGACGUACAGCUUUUUGAUGGCUCAGACCUCGCUUGCGACAUUGCAGGGCUCAAGCUCUCGUCCAUGCAUGCCGGCGCUCACCUCACCAGCAGCCGACCGAAAUGGAAGGACGUUGCCCGCGUACCUCGCGGCCGCUGGCUCCUGGUUGGCGAAGAAGCCAAGCAGUUGAAGCUGCCGAACUGCACCGACAAGCUGGAGGACUCUUACGAUGCUGUGGCUGUCGCAGUCAAGGCGAAGACGCUCGAAGAUGUGCGAGAGUGCCGCAGCUUCGUUCAGCGCAUCGCAGCCAAAGAACGAUGCUGGCUGCUGUCGAUCAGGGAGCAAGGCACCAGCUUUGCAGAGGCGGCAGCAGAGGCAGCCGUCGAGGUUGGCGCCAGUGCAAUCGUCGGCUCGGCUGAGGACCUCCGUGAUGCCUCAGCGGGGCUUGGAAUGGACUCAGAGGUUGUCCUUAGAGCAGAGGACGAGGACGGUGGAGGCGCUCAGCUUUCCAUGCGCAGUAGCAGGGCAGCCUCUGUGCCCCCAGCGAUCGUGGCUUCCAGGCAAGAGCCUUACGCCGUGGAGACGGACCCCAGCAAGGGCGGCAAGGGGGCCCAGUGCCGCCUCAGCAAUCGCACGGCCCCCGGGCCGGGGCAAGUCGAAAUUCAGGCAGACCUUUGGGCCUUGAACUUCCGGGACGUUUUGGUCGCCAAAGGCGCCAUCUCUGCGGUUGUGGCAGGCCAGUCUCUGGGCAUCGGCGGCGAGUGUUACGGCAAGAUUGCAGCGGUCGGCGAAGGCGUCAAAAACGUUGCUGUUGGAGAUACCGUGAUUGCUGUGCCACCUGACGGAAUGGGCUCUUUCUGCACCACGGAUGCUCGCUGGGUUUCCACUGCACCAACGGGCAUGAGCCCCGAAGAGGCUGUUGCAGGAACAUGCGUAUAUGCCACAGCAUGGUACGCUCUGCACUGGUUGGCCCGCAUUCGAAAGGGAAUGCGUGUGCUGAUCCACAGUGCGGCAGGAGGUGUUGGGCUAUCUGCCCUCCACCUGUGCAAGAGAGCUGGAUGCGAGGUUUAUUGCACUGCUUCCACCCCCGAGAAGCGCAAAGUACUCUUGGAGUUGGGCGCUGUGGCGGUCUUCAACUCCAGGGAUCCGAUCGAGUUCGAGCAGGGCAUCCGCAAGGCAACGGCCGGCGGCCAGGGUGUUGAUGUUGUCCUGAACUCGCUAAGCGGCGAGGCCAUCCCGGCAUCACUGAGACUGUUACGGCCGUGUGGCCAUUUCCUGGAGAUCGGCAAGCGUGACCAGUACGAGAACACCCCCAUGCUGUUGCAGCCCUUCCUGAAAGGACUUCACUACCAUGCUGCUCACCUGGAUGUGCUGAUGCUGGAGUGGCCGGAUACAGCCAGGGAGCUCUUGAAGGAGGUCUGGGAAGCCAUUCCGCAGCUACCGACGCUUCCGACGAAGACGUUCGGCAUGUCAGACUUGUCAGGUGCACUGGAAUACUUCUCCAAGGGCGUCCACAUUGGCAAGGUGCUCGUUGCGGUGCAAAAUUGUGAAGUUCUACCAGCGCGCCCGCAGAAGGUGGCAGGGCCCAAGCACGACGUGGUGUCCGGAUGCCUGCAAGCAGUGCUCUCCGCUUCAGAAGGCUCCGGCGGCGUGCUCUGUGCCCCGACGCUUGCCGACCUGGCGGAGCCGUCCUUGCACUCUGUGCAGUUGGUCCUUACGGCGUCGCCAGCUGUAGCAUCGGCAGUGCAGGUACUCAACUCGCAGGCAACCUGCGUAACUUUGCCCGUUUGGGAACCAGUGCUGGACCUUGACGAGUGGCUCAGCCUUGGAGGCCAGAUCUUGGCCACGGAAGAAGAGGUGGAAGGCGAUCUGCGUCAGUGGCUCUUCCAAACCGUGGAAGAGAUGUCCGGACCGAUUCAGUUGGACAUGACCUUCGAUGAUGCAGGCCUGGAUUCGUUGAGCCUCAUUUCCCUUGCGCGACGGCUGACCUCCAAGGUUAACAAGGCCGUUUCCGUGGCCAACAUAUCCGACCACCCGACGCCACGACGAUUGCUGGAAUUCCUCACCGGAAAUCCUCAGCCAGAACUUGCACGGCCAAAGGUGCUGUGCUUGCAUGGCUUCAGAUCCAAUGGGGAUGCAAUGGCGGCAUCGAUGGGUUUGCUGACGAGUCGUGUUGGCUUCGUGGAGUGGCUCUUCAUCAGCUCUCCGCGGGUGGCAUCAGGGCCUUCGGCGCCGGAUAUCCCACAGGACGAGGCACGCGAGUGGUGGGGGCAGCCAGGAGGUUCCUUCGAAACAGGUUGGAUGGCUCCACAUUUUAACGGUUUCGAAGCUUGCUUCGCUGUUUUGCAAGGCAUCAAACUUGCAGGGGCCGUUGGCUUUAGCCAGGGCGGCGGCGUCGCAGCCCUGCUGGACUGUCCCUGGCUGAUCCUGUGCUCACCCGUUAUCGGCCCGAGUUUGCGAACGAGCAGUGCCAAAUGUCUGCUGACGUACGACCCUACGGAGGAGUAUGUCGAACAGUGUUUGGGGGUCGGUGAACGAUUUUCCAACAAGCGCGUGCACACGCACUGCCAAGGCCACGUCAUUCCCAGUGAUCCAGGCUUUGUAAAUCUUUUUGUUGAAAUAGCAUCAUCCGCGCGAUGA